UUGUUGAUCAUACAAUUUGUUAUAAACAGAUGCGUCAUGCGAGCUACGUCGUUUCUCCUCAUCCAAAAUUUACACGUCCCACUUUCCGAAUGCGCAUCAAGUUGUUCCCUUUUCUUAUAUGAACAAGAACAACGACGAAAACACCUCCAGCCUUUCUAUCGUUACAUUACGCUCUUUCUUCAUUCUCAUCUUAAUCUACUAUCCUCUAUCCGAUUCACCCUUUCUCUAAAGAAUUUGUACUUCGUGGUAGAUAUCAUUGUUUUGCACAUCCAUUGUUUUCCUACAGCAUGAUUUUCUUCAGGAUUGCGGGCUCCUUGUCGCGCACGUCACGCGUUAGAAAUUUGUUGCACGGUGAUGGGAGAUUCGGAACCCUUGCCGGAGCGUUGCGGAAGAAUGCGUACUCCGAUGAAGCGGAAAUGGUAUUGGGUUUUGUUAGGGGCUACGUGGCUUCUGCUAGAGCUCGCAGUAAUGGCAUCAUUUCCAACUUGCCUGAUUUUAAAUAUGUUGCCGCAAACCCUAGGUUUCGCCGGUUGUUUUCCAGCGAAAGCCCGAAGAAGAAGAAAGAUUACGAGAACUUUUAUCCCAAGGAAAAGAAGGAUAUUCCAAAGGGAAACGGUAAAAAGCACGAGUCCAAAGAUGAACAAGGAAAUUUUAAUGAAGCUUUCAUGAAGCAAAUUCAAAAUCUAGUCACUCCAUUAUUGAUAAUGGGGUUAUUCAUUGCAUCCUUUUCUGUUGGUCCUCACCAACAGCAGCAGAUUAGUUUUCAGGAGUUUAAAAACAAACUUUUGGAACCAGGAUUAGUAGACCAUAUUGUUGUAACAAAUAAAUCAGUUGCUAAAGUAUAUGUAAGGAACUCUCCCCGUAAUCAAACAGACAGUGAAGUAGUCCAAGCGACCAUACCUGCAAAAGGAUCUGGAAGCCAGUAUAAAUAUUAUUUCAAUAUUGGAAGUGUCGAGUCUUUUGAGGAAAAGCUUGAGGAAGCCCAAGAAGCGCUAGGCAUUGACUCUCAUGAUUUUGUGCCUGUUACCUAUUCUUCUGAAAUGGUUUGGUACCAGGAACUGAUGAGAUUUGCUCCAACACUGUUGCUUUUGGGAUCUCUAUUGUAUAUGGGAAGGAGAAUGCAACAUGAACUUGGUGUUGGUGACGGCAGCGGUGGUAAGGGUGCUCGUGGGAUAUUCAACAUAGGAAAAGCCCAUGUUACUAAAGUAGACAAACAUGCCAAAAACAAGAUUUUUUUUAAAGAUGUUGCUGGCUGUGACGAGGCAAAGCAAGAAAUUAUGGAGUUUGUUCACUUCCUCAAGAACCCAAAGAAAUAUGAAGAACUUGGUGCAAAAAUUCCGAAAGGUGCUCUCUUGGCCGGUCCUCCAGGCACAGGGAAAACCCUUUUAGCGAAAGCAACUGCAGGGGAGUCUGGUGUGCCAUUUCUUUCUAUAUCUGGUUCUGAUUUCGUGGAAAUGUUUGUUGGGGUUGGACCAUCUAGGGUGAGAAACCUAUUUCAGGAAGCAAGGCAGUGUGCUCCGAGUAUCGUAUUCAUUGACGAGAUUGAUGCAAUUGGUCGAGCAAGGGGGCGCGGAGGUUUUUCUGGUGCAAAUAAUGAGCGUGAAAGUACUUUAAAUCAAUUGUUGGUGGAGAUGGAUGGUUUUGGAACAACCUCUGGGGUUGUUGUGUUGGCAGGAACAAAUAGACCUGAUAUCUUAGAUAAAGCUCUUCUUAGGCCUGGACGAUUUGACCGCCAGAUAGCAAUUGAUAAACCUGAUAUUAAAGGACGUGACCAAAUAUUUCAGAUCUAUUUGAAGAAGAUCAAACUUGACCGUGAGCCUUCAUAUUAUUCUCAAAGGCUUGCAUCCCUCACACCUGGAUUUGCUGGAGCAGACAUUGCAAAUGUCUGCAAUGAAGCUGCUCUGAUUGCGGCAAGAGGUGAUAGAUCACUAGUCACAAUGGAACAUUUUGAGUCAGCUAUUGAUAGGAUCAUUGGUGGUUUGGAAAAGAAGAACUCGGUUAUAAGCCAGGUGGAAAGGCGUACUGUUGCUUUCCAUGAGUCAGGCCAUGCUGUUGUAGGUUGGUAUUUGGAACACGCUGAGCCCUUGUUGAAAGUAACUAUUGUUCCACGUGGCACAACAGCUCUUGGAUUUGCCCAAUAUGUUCCGAAUGAGAACCUUCUCCUGACAAAGGAGCAGCUUUUUGAUAUGACUUGUAUGACACUAGGUGGUCGAGCUGCUGAGCAGAUUCUUAUAGGGAGAAUCUCAACAGGAGCACAAAAUGACUUGGAAAAAGUGACCAAGAUGACAUAUAACCAAGUAGCAGUUUAUGGUUUCAGUGAAAAAGUGGGGCUCCUCUCUUUCCCUCAGGAGGAUCAAUUUGGGAGCAGACCAUACAGCAGCACAACUGCGACAAUCAUCGAUGAGGAAGUGCGUGAUUGGGUGAAGAAAGCAUACGAACGUACGGUACAGAUUAUUGAAGAACACAAGGAGCAAGUUACUCAAAUUGCAGAGUUGCUGCUUGAAAAAGAAGUGCUUCACCAAGACGACUUGGUUCGAAUUUUGGGCGAAAGGCCAUUCAAGUCUAGUGAAACCACCAAUUAUGAUAGAUAUAAGCUAGGUUUUCAGGAGGAAGAGGAAAAGGUUGCAGAAAGCAGUAAUGUAGGUGGUUCUUCACCUUUAGAGCCCCAGGUGGUUCCCGCAUAGUUAAUUUAUCAAAAUAAGUUUAUUUAGGAAGAGAAUCUAUUAGUUUAUUUUUAAAAUUUUAUUUAAUUAGUUUAUAAAAGUUUACUUGAAAUAUUUUUUUAUAUUAUAUUUUCUGUUAAUCUAGAAACCAUUUUGUUUACAUAUUAUUUUCACUCUCAUUAAUAAAUAAAUAAAUUUUAUUUACAUUAA